AUGCACGCCUUCAGCCGCACCUUCAUCAUCACCCACCUUGGCGGAAUGAAAUGGCUACCCUCUUUUUAUUCAGUUCCUGAAUCUGAGCGCUCCCUCCUUCCCGGCCGUGGAUACUACCUCCUCGAGGACACGACUGAACCUCUUGCACCUGCAUUCCCAGGUGCACACGGCAGUCUCGUAACCCCCAUUUUGCGUCUCCCCGAAUCCAACGACCCAUCAACUCCAGCACCAGAAUCCAUGCUCAAUGCUCCCCUCUUCAUCAAGCACGGGGACGGAUAUGUGUACUACGGAAUGUACUCACACCUUCGCAGCGACCGUCUCGAUCUCGAGCGUUGCAAUGCACUCAUCCCUGCCUAUCUAAAAGAGCACUGGGCAUCCCAACUCACCUCCCCCCGCCGUCCGAAAUGGGUCACUGAAGCCUUACAAAACCAUCUCCGUCCACCUCCCUCAUACCCACGCCCUUCAACCUCAGCCUCUUCAGACGCCAUCACCGCUGCCCUAUCGACCCACCACCGAGCCCUCGAAUCCUGGCACCGCGAUACUUUGCUGCUGACCUCUUUCCUUCGCCCAGCCAAUAUCCUUGAUGCCUUUGCCGCACCAGAUACCGGUGCCUCAACGCCUGGUCUGCGCUUCUGGUGUCUAGGACUCAAGUGCGAAGGUUGGGAUAAGGGCUUUUACGAAAUGAUGAAGAGAGAAGAACGACUCUGGGACAAGCAGGGUAAGAGGGAUGGGGAGAAGGAGAGAGAGGCGCAAAAGGACAUGUUGCGGUUGUUGGGGAGGGGGAAGCCGGUCAAGUGGUAG